AUGUAUUCCCCGAUACCAUUCAUUCUAGCCAUAUGGGACUUAGUCCAAUCAUCCAUCUUCUUGGUAUCGCCGCAGUCCCCGGAUCAUCCUCAGCACCACUCAAUAUGGGAUCGCAUUGUUCCCUCGGCAAAUCUCUACUUCCACCCUUGCUAUGCUACUUUUGAAUGCGCCCGUCUUGAUGUCCCAUUGGACUGGAAGAAUGAAUCCACCGACUCACAGCGAGUUGCUAUUGCGCUAAUUAGACUGCCCGCAAAAGUAGACGUAAGCGACCCACGAUACGGCGGCCCAAUCCUGAUCAACCCAGGUGGUCCAGGAGGCUCAGCCAUUAACCUUGCCCGUCUUCAUGGCACCAACCUUCAAAAGAUCGUCGACUCUCCACUCAGCCCCGAUGAUGCAGAAUCAACGUGGGCAGAUAAGUAUUUCGAUAUCAUAGCUUUUGACCCUCGAGGUGUCGGCUUUACUACCCCACCAUUCACAUGCUUUGCCAAUUCCCAGCAGAGGUUAUUAUGGCAAGUUGCUUCCGAGACGGAUGGACUACUAGGCAGCUCAGAUGUGGCGUUUAGCCGGAACGAGGGGAUUGGCGCACGAAUGAAUACUCCGGUCGUUGCGAUGGAUAUGGCUGCGAUUGUAGAAGCUCUUGCGCGAUGGAGAGGAGGGUGGACUCCGUCUAGCCAUCCAACUCGGGAGCCAGAAAAUCCUUCGGAAAAGUCGGAACUGGGAUUACACAAGCUGCAAUAUUGGGGAUUUUCGUAUGGAACUCUGUUGGGCGAAACAUUUGCAAGUAUGUAUCCACACCUCGUGGGCCGUCUGGUACUGGAUGGUGUUGUUGACAGCGAUCGCCAUUAUGCUGGGACUUGGGACGGAAACAUUAACGAUGCAGAUGCUAUCAUGGAGCGAUUCAGCAUCUAUUGCUAUCAAGCAGGACCUGAUAAAUGUCAUUUAUUCUCUGAAAAAGGUCCGAGAUAUAUCCAAUCUUGGCUUGACGAUAUUGUCGCUUUUGCAAGAAAUACAACUAAGUCCGUGCUAUCGGCACACGGACCGGAGAUUGUUACCUAUAGUGAUGUGCAGAAGGUCAUUCGGGAUUCACUAUAUGAGCCAUUCAAGGAAUUCGAAGGACUCGCCCGAGCAUUAUAUAACUUAGCUAAUGGGGAUGGGAGCAUCAUUGCGAAUCGAAAGCAAACAUCAUCACCACGGGAUGUUUUCUUUGAACCUGCUGAUUAUGCAGAAGAGGUGGUUGGAGCUAUAUCCUGCUCCGAUGGCCCUGACCAGGGCAAUACAACAAAAGAGGAGUUUAUGGAAUAUUGGCAGAAGAUGCGCCAUCAGAGUAUCUACCUUGGUGACCGGUGGAGUCAGAAUCGACUGCUCUGUCUCUUUUGGAGAGCUAGGCCUGAAUUCAUGUACUCUGGGCCGAUUGGAGUCCCCACAGAGCCGAUCUUGUUUAUUGGAAACAGUUUGGACCCCGUCACGUCUCUUGAUAAUGCCAAAAAAAUGAGUCAAAAAUUUCCCGGAUCGGGUCUCAUCCAACAAAAGUCAGAAGGUCAUCUGUCACUUGCGGCACCCUCCCUUUGCACCGCGAAAGCAGUUCGAGGCUAUUUCCAAACCGGCAUACUUCCAACUCGUGGGAUGUUGUGUCCGGUUUACGAUAAACCAUUUGGCUUACCAGGCGAUAGGACAACAGUUCUGUUGGAGAAGGGUGACGAUGACCUGCUCAAAGCUCUGAGGUCUAUUGCGGGUCAAAUGUGGUGA